AUGGGCACCUCCACCAUCACCGUGGGCUUCCUCCUCUUCCUGACAUUUCAGCUCCCACGUCAAGCCAGAGCGAACCCUGUGUACACCUCUGUGUCCAAUGCAGACCUAAUGGAUUUCAAGAAUUUGCUGGACCAUUUGGAGGACAAGAUGCCUUUAGAAGACGAGGUUGUGCCCCCACAAGGACUAAGUGAGCAAAAUGACGAGGCUGGGGUGGCUCUCAGUUCCUUCCCUGAGGUGCCUUCCUGGACCAGGGAGGUCAGCCCAGCCCAGCGAGAUGGGGGUACCCUUGGGAGGGGCCCCUGGGACUCCUCUGAAAGAUCUGCCCUCCUGAAAAACAAGUUGAGGGGAUUGCUCGCUUCCCCUCGGAGCCUGCGGCGGUCCAGCUGCUUCGGAGGCAGGAUGGACAGGAUUGGAGCCCAGAGUGGCCUCGGGUGCAACAGCUUCCGGUACCGAAGAUAA